AUGUCGGGGAGGCGAAGAGGCCGCGGGGGCGGCGAAGUGAUGGAGUCGAUCUACUCGGUUCUAGCUCUGGUUCUCGUGCUAGUUGCCUGCGUUGAGCUCUGCGAUGCAGCCACCGUGGUCGACGUGUACCGCCUGAUCCAGUACGAUCUAGCCGGUAUCCCGUUCGGAUCUCGCGCGGCCGGGCUCAAUCACCACGCCGGCGCUCCUCCUUUUUCUCCGGGAACCGACCUCUCGCGUACCGUGGCAUUGAUGCCACUCCGGGAGCUCAAUUUGACCUUCCUCCAAGGUAUGGUGAAUCGAUUGGCUUUCAUCUUAUCUUCUUUUGUUGAAUUUCGUGGUCAUGGAUGGCAAAGUUCUGGCGUUGACGUAAAAUGAAUUAUCAUUGACAUUUUCUCUUCCUUUUGACUUCAAAGUUCACAUUUUUAUCAUAGUUAUGACUUUUUUCCGACUGAUAUAAGCCUGAAAUAUUUCAGAUUAUAUCACAAGUAAGAAUCCGCUUGGGGGGCUAUUGCUUUUGCUUCCCCAAAAGCUCAGUGAGAAGGUUGGCGAUGAUCGGGUUGGAAAGGUGGACCAGGUGACGAGAAGCGCAUUGGCCGACCUGGAACGUUUGCUCAUACAUGCCAAUCUUCCGGUGAGUGCCCAGGAAGUUCUUCUUUAGCAUACUGGAGGUCUCUCUAUGUGCGUACAUUUUCGUUUCCAGGGCAGUGCUGGUUAAAUCAAUUGUCAUUAUUCAAAUAAAAGGAUAUUACAUUUGGAUGUGUUCGUAUUUCAAACCUCGGUUACUGCUCGGAAAUAAAUAUAUAUAUAUAAAGUGAAAAAAACUGCGUUGCCCUUGUAAGGGUGGGAAUUGAUUGAUUUAUUUUCUUCUACUGACACUGCAUUUUUGAUUUGAUCAUUAGUGAAAAGUGAGGAAAGUGGAACACGUGUGUCACUUAUUAGGAGCCUCUUUAAUUCUCAAGAUUCACUUAGUAGAACUUUAGAGCAUUAAGAUAGCUUAAUAUUUUGCAUUAAAUUUGAGUGAUUAAAAUUUGGUCCUUUCUUUCUGAUUUCAAUAUUUCUCUAUUUUCUCCUCUGCUUCCUCGAGUUGUGUAAGAAAAGUAAAAGGUUUCCCUGCCUGAGAGUCAACGACCCAUUGAUUAAAAGUUGAUUUUCUUUCUUUUAACAGUUUAUUGUGCACGGUCUUGUAAGACCAACAUACCAGAUUGCGCAGGCCAAACUGUAGAACCUGGUUUUGAUGCAUCAGGAAGGAGAAAAGGAUGAUUUAACUCAUAUUGUCAGAAUUUAUGUUUACUUAUAGGCCUCUGGCUCCUUUUUCUCCUCAUAUACAGAACGAGAAUGGGGGGAUGGCAUGUACAAUAAGCAGGAUAAUGGCAAGACUAAUGGUGUUUCUUACUGCUGUGAUUGUUGCAGUACGCUGUGUAUUUUGCUUUCGAGGAUGAGAAAAUCGACGCUAUACUGGCUGAUGUUCGGCGGAGUGACAAUGUGGGUCAGCCUGCAUCAGCAACCACUGGCGGGUUUGUUGCUAGUCACAAUCUUUUCCUUUCUCAUUUAGCUUCACAUCCUCUGACAAGUUUCUUUGCUAUUUAACAUAACUUCCCUUUCUGUGGGUUAUAUAAUUUAAAAUUAAUAGUCCUUUUUUUUAUCUGCUCGGAUACUCAUACUUCUUUGUUUACCUUCGCAAUUAAGAUAUUGUUUUCCAAAGGUGGUUCAUCUAUUUCCUCUUUUGUCAUUUUGUCAACGAAUAUGCCUACAUUUGAACAUUUACACUCAGGGUGGCUAUACCCCACGCCAACUUCCAGCCUGACAUGAACUUGACCCACACAAAACUAGAUUUAAGGUUAGCACCAUUCCGCAAAUGAGAAAAAGACAAAAACUAUGGUUUUGACAUAAAUAGAUAACUUAAAUCAUACUAUGUUAUGCCACUCAAACUCUACUAGCUGCAUUAUGCUAGAUCGAAUGCGUCAAGUUAGGUCUAUUCACAUCUCAAAGGUUUGGAUAAGGUUGGAAGGAAUUGGUAGAAUUUGUAGGGGGGCCAUAAUUUAGUUUUUCGAAAGACAGGUCCCAGCUAAUCAUGAGACUAUGCUAUAAAUGUCAACUCUACUGCUGGGAUAUUUUGCAACUGGAUUUCUUCACAGAAAUUGCUCACAAUCACUGCAAGAGGAAGAAAUCAUAAGACAUGAAUGGUCAUGAGUUUGAGUGAAAAAUUGGGAAAUAUAUUUAGGCAUACGACCCAAUAUGAGGACAGAUUCUCUUUAAAAAGAGGAUGAGAGUGAAAGGCCUUGUGCAAGAUAAGCAUGUAGGUUUGGUGGCGGUUGGAGGAAAUGAUGCUGUGGUAGUCAAGAGAAAUUCCCAAUAACAAAUACCUCUCUGGACAAGAAGCUGAUGGGGGUUGGGGGGGCGGCGAGGAUGGGUGAACAAAAUUAGAGGAUAAAAAAUGAGGGUUGACAAAUGUAGUAAGAGGAAGAGAGAGGGGACGGAAGAGAUGAAAAAUGUCCCAUAUCUAUGGAGCCUUGACAAAAGUGGAUGAUUCACACACAUAUUAGUGUUUCUCGAAGUCCAAGGAAACUGAGUGUAUGCUUAUGUGUCCUUUGGUGGCUGUAGACGAAAAUGUGUAUGGGUAGAUUUGAAUCAUCUGGGAUAUUUAUAUCAGGUAAUUUCUCGCUUUGUACGGUGGUUAUAAUAACAUGCUAAUUUUUUUAUAAUUUUUUGGUAAAUUGACUGUGUUUUCUGGUUGCUUAAUUGACAUCUUUCUAAUGGUGGCUAAGAAUGCGUACAGACACACAAAGGGCUGGGAUAAUCCUGUUCUAAAGUGGGCAGAGAAUGUAGUAUGAUACAAAAAUGCCUAAUAUCAAUUCUCCAUGUUUAUUUUAGGCAAUGUCCAUAUGUUUCCUCACAAGAAACGAUUUUCAUUCAACUGUUUUGCUUUGCAAUAUCUGUGUAAUUACUAGGCUUGUGAGUGCAAUGCCUUCUUUGUCGAUUUACUGUAAGCCUGGUUUCAAAUCCUGGAAACACCAUGUUAACAGCGAAUGAAACCUUGAUUUAGUAAUAUACCUAUAAUUCUGAGAGCUAUUGUUAAUUUUAGUGCAAGGCAAGUUAUUUAAAUACUUUCACUGAAAGCCUAAUCCAAUACUUGUAUGGGGAAAUUUUCAGGUACAAGCUUGUUGUCUCUUCACCAGAACCCAAGAAAAUUCAAUCUCCCACCAUCACAAAUAUUCAGGUCCAUUUUCUUUUCUCACACGUAGUGUUGAAAUAUUGCAAGGAGAAUCUCCAUAGUCUCUGAAACCGAAACGUUGUUUUUCAUGACUUUGAAAAAGAACUGUUGUUCUCAUGUAUCGAAAUAUUGAGAAGACUAGUUGUUUGGUGCAGUCUAAUCUUAUUCUGUUGAUGAAGGUUCUUGGUUUUUCUGGUUUUGAUGACUUCAUUUGAUCUGUACAAGUUUUAGUGAACAAUCAAGUGCCAUGUUGUUGUUAGGCAUUAUGAUCAGCCUUAUGGUUUGCAUCCCUUUUCGGGCAGUUACUUGGGCAUGGGUGGUUGGUAGCCAGUUAAAUUUAAAAAGAAGAUUUCAAAUUUGCUUAUACUAUCUUUGUUUUUUUUUUUCAACUUUUUGGUAGCGUGGGCUUCAUCUUUUUCAUAAUAUUAGUCGAAGAGUAAGGCAAGUCUGCAAAGAGGCUAGUGCCAUAUUCUUGGACCAGCCUUGCGUGGUUGACUUUGCAGAAGUAACAGGAGAUUCGGGGAGUCUUCGAUAAGUAUUGCAAGGACUCUGACAGAGUUAGCUGGUCAAUAAAGAGUGGUCUUUCAAGGUGCCAAAGACUCUCAUUGGUGUUAUGUUGCAGAGGAUUAAAGGGGAUUUUUUUUCAAGGGAAUGUAGUUUCCAUUAUGAGUGUUUGGGUUUUUGGAUUCUUCUGUUCCAUCAGAUUGAUCGAAAAUAAGCUGUGCUUGAGUUUAUUCAGCUUUAUUGUUUCUUUAUGAAUUUUCAUGAGCCCCAGACCUGUCUGUUCUUUUUGUACGUUUCGGGAGAUUGACUGGAAUAACUGAUUUGUAAUGUGUGUCCUUAACUGAUUUAUACACCACAUUCUGAAGAAGGCAGUUCUCUUCAUAAAAAUAAAAGUAAUUUUCAAAAUAUAUCGAGCCUGGAAAUAGGAGACUCAAUCCUUUUCAUUUUAGUGAUUGUAUCUAUGAAAUAGCGAAGAGCUGUGAUGACCAGGAUGUUUGAAUUUCGGGCAUUGGGUAAACCUAUAUUAGUACUGGUUCCGUGUUUUACUUGAUGACUGAUCAUACUUUUCUAUUCAAGGACUUACUAUAUUUGCAAGGUGCAAACCGUGGAUUUGACCACUUCGCUCAGUAAACCUAAAAUGUUGCUUAAAAAUGUUUUGCAAUAAACCUGCAGUACUAAUGGCUUUUCAGUGUUUUGUCUAGCAAUUACUUAUGAUAUGGCAUUAACGAAUCCAUGUUUUAGUUUACUGCUUUGUGGAUAUAUUGUCUAGACAAACACACACACCUGCAAAGUUACUUUUAUCAACCCAUCUCGAUCUCACUUGAUUGAUCUAUUUCUCUAGUUGUGAUGAUACUCAUUGUUUAAGUUUAAUCUUUUUUUUUUUGUUUCCCUUGCUCUUCAAUUGUAUGCGAAAAUGUUAAAAUUUUCCUCUACGGUGGCCAUUCCCAAGUCAGAUAGAAAGAAGGCUAUUAAGAAGAGGCAUAUUUUACUUCACUGGAGAUUGAGAUUUUUCUGAAAACUGCUCGAUAUAUUGCUUAUAUUUUCUGGGUUUCUCUUAGUCUGUUAUGGAAGCUCGUGUUAUUUGGACAGGGAUGGCUGUCAGGUCUGAAAGGCGAUGGAGAUGUUAAUCAGCUGCCUACAAUAGCCAUUGUUGCUUCAUACGACACCUUCGGCGCUGCACCAGUAAGACAUACCUUAUUGGCACCCGGAAUUUACUACUGUUAUUAUUAUCCUUAUGUAUAUAUGUAUAUUGAUGUGCAUAGUUCACAGGCAUUGUCUGUGGGGGGUGACAGCAAUGGAAGUGGAGCUGUGGUUCUCUUAGAGAUUGCUAGGCUUUUCUCUGGUCUUUAUUCGAGUCCUAAAACGCGAGGAAGAUAUAAUAUACUAUUCGGGCUGACAUCUGGUGGCCCGUACAACUACAAUGGAACUCUCAAGGUCAGCUCAAGUCAAACAGCUCACCCAAAUCCACAGUUUUCUUCUGAUCUUGUUAUGCAUGAUAAUAUCUUUUUUUUUUUUAAUCCUUAAACAUCGCCUUUUAUCUUAUUUCCAAUAACAUCUCACUUUUUUCACUUCAAAAAGUUAAAUAUUUCACGAUUAGAUUGCCUUUUGAUCUUAUAUCAUCAUUUCUUCAAUGAGUUGACAUGUUUCAGCUUUGUCCUUUUCAGUGGUUGAGGAGUUUAGAUCAACGUGUGCGCGAGAGUAUUGACUAUGCUAUUUGUUUGAAUAGUAUUGGUUCCUGGAAUAACGAGCUGUGGAUGCAUAUAUCAAAGCCCCCUGAAAAUGCCGUCAUAAAGCAGAUCUAUGAAGUAAGUGGUGCUGAUUUCCAUGGAUCUUGCUCGGGCUGACCUUGCAACCUGUAUCUUGUCUAAGUGAUGGAUGACUUGACUACAUUUCUUGCAGUCCCUUGCUGAUGUAGCUGGAGAGUUGGGGGUUACAAUCGGCAUCAAGCAUAAGAAAAUAAAUAUAUCAAAUCCACGGGUAAGUUUACAAUGUCACUCGACCCAAUUGAUGGGAUCAUUUGCAGAUUCAUUUGCUCCAAAAGAUCUGAGGAAAGAUGGUCACUGUCAGAAAUGGCAGUCCGCCAUUUCAUCCAUGGAAUGGUCUCCUGAGUCGUUUUUAUUUUAUUUUUUGUUUAAAGGGGGGCAUGUUCUUACACUUUCGGCCAGUUUCUUUGUUUUCCUUUUGGUUUUGGUAUGACUGGUCCGAGAAUCGAGAUCAUGAGUAUUGGAAUUCGGAACCUUUUAUAGGUCGCCUGGGAGCACGAGCAGUUUUCAAGGUUGAGAUUAACUGCUGUCACUCUAUCCGAGCUUGCUCAGGCGCCAGAACUGCUGGAAAGCACUGGAGGCCUCUACGACACCAGGUAAGGCUCAAUCACACAAGCUUCUACUCGGAGGCCAUAGUGUGUCAUUUUACCAACAGUAGUAGGCGGGUAAUAUGAGGGAAUAGAUUGGUUUUUAUUUCAAAUUAAUUUGCUUUCAUGGAGGUCGUUCUUGAGUUCAACAAAGAUGGGAACUUUAUUUUUUUUGCCCCCCCCCCCACCCACCCACCACCACCAAGUUGAAAGCGUUUUGGGGGACUAUCAAACUGAAAGAUGAUCCUCAGUUAAAUCUACACCCUUUUUACUAUAUUUGGUGUUUUCUGCAGGAACGCUGUCGAUGAGAUGGCUGUAAUUAGAAGUGCCAAAAUAGUCGCAGAAAGUCUUGCUGUAAGUCCGUUGCUGAUUCUCAUGUUCACUCGCCUUAUUCAUACACGCUUGAGUUGACUAGUAUCCAUUGCUGUAAAUAUGUCAUAUCAUGGUAGAUUCUUAGGAGUAAAGAGAUGACUUGUCGGACAUCGGAAGUCAACGGCGGAUCAUCUCCUCAAGGAGAAUAAACCCAGCUACGAUCCUAUAUUAUUUAAAUUUUUGUUUAUUUUAUUGCAGAAGCAUAUUUAUGGCCAUCAAAGGAAGAAGAUCCAUGUUUUUGAGGACAACAGCAGCCUGGCAGUAAAUCCCGCGUAUAUCAGUUCUUGGCUGGAUCUCUUCUCAAAGACUCCUCGUGUGGCCCCUUUUCUUUCCAAGGCCGAUCCCCUGAUCUCUGCUCUGAAAAAGGUCAAACUUUAUGAUCCUACUUAUCUCUCUUUCUCUCUCUCUCUAAACAAACCAACCACCAAUAGAUUGUGUAGAGGGAGAGAAAUGAUGUGUGUAUAUCCUCCUAUUUAUGGACCCAUCGGGAAUUCACUUCUAUCUGAUAUGAUGUGAUGCUUACUGAAAUAUAUUCUCUGUGAAUCGAGCUAUGUUCUUCCCUCUGCUCGGUGUUCUUGACUUUUGUCUGCUCAAUUCAAUCGACUGACCUUGGGAAAUUCACUGAUUAUGGCAGGAACUGUCGGACCAUACAGUGGAGGUCAGCUUGCAGCACGACGUCCUUGAUGGAAUGUUCACCUUCUACGACUCAUCGAGUGCUAAACUGAGCAUAUAUCAGGUGAUUUCUAUUCGGAGGGGGGUUGACUUUUCCGAAGUCAAGAACCCAUCUUGUUGUGUCAGAUUUCGCAGCGCCAGAAUUCUUUAAUCAAUACUCCUUGCAUCCCAUGCUCCGUUUCAAUCGCCACAAAAAGUGGAAUUCUUGACAGAGUGGGUUGACUUAUUCCAUUUUUUCAUCUCUCUCCUCAGGUUGCAAGCGUGACCUUUGAUCUUCUCCUUCUUCUCGCCGUGGGAUCUUAUUUAGUUGUCCUCUUCAGCUUUCUUGUCAUUGCAACUCGGGUACGAACCCCUUUUGCCCACUUCUCUCUCUCUCUCUCUCUCUCUCUCUCUCUCUCUCUCUCGCUCUCCGUAGGACACAGAUCAUCUAGUUUUGAUUACUAUUAAAUUCCCAAUCACAGAAAUCCAGCGGAUUCCUCACGAUUCCUCGGUUUCUUUCUUCUUAGGGUCUCGACGAUCUCUUGAGCAUAUUCAGACGGCCUCCGCCACGGAAAUUGAAGGUAGCCUGA